AUGUCAGCGUCCACCACCUCUCGCCGGCCCAUCAAGGGAAUCCUGAAAAGAAAAGGUUCCACUACUUCCUCAGUCACAGGAUCAGCCCAGCAGUCUGGUGGACCACUCCAGGUGUUCCGUAGAAAGAAGUCUCAGAGGUGGGACGAGUCGAACAUCUUGGCAACCUACCGUCAAGAGUACAGAGACUACGAUUUCAUGAAGAUGAAUGAGCCCAGCACUUCCCAGUUCGGUCUGCAGGACUAUGGGGAAGGAACUUCAGAGAAUGAAACCACGACUCUCGACAGCUUAGCCAAGAGAUUAGCCGCUAUCUACACAACCGAUUCCAACUAUCCAGUGCGGGAGCCAGAAUUGGAUGGAGCGCACAGCAGCAAGAUCUACCUUGACAGGCAAGAGAAACGUCGGCAGUUCGAACUGAAGAGGAAACUUCACUGCACCGAAGGAAAGAACAUCAAAUUCGCCCGACUGCUGAUUUCCAGAGAUCUACUGCAUGACUACGAUGAUGAUAAAAAUGAAGAAAGUUGUCGUGUCACCAGCCACUACAAGCCUACCACCCAGGAAGAAGCAGCGCAAGGCGCCAUCAGCCACAAAGGCCUGCAGACACAGACCUGCUGCUACGACAAUGAUGAUGACGAAGACGACGAUGAGUAG